AUGGCUCAACUCAACCAACCCUCGAACGAGCCUGCUAAAGCGCGCGUGGAAGAACUCGGAGACAUCUCGCCUCCAAGUGUCCAAUCCAUGUCUCUGCCGCGCCCACCCCCGAAUCCAGUGCCAGACCUCAUGGAUCUUGUCAUCAAUCGAGAGUCGCGCUACACAACGCACUCACUCAUUACAUCCUAUUUAGGUAUUGAUGUUAUACGCAAUGUUCAGUUAGCCUGCAAAAAGACGUCGGAUCUUUACGCGAAUAUGAAGAAGACCCAGUGGAACAUCAACACAUGCCUGCAGCCAUUCUUCAAAAACACUCAAAAGUUCCGCUCUAUACAGGCCCAAACCGAGACUCUAAUCGGAAGCAAAUUCACCGGAAAGUUCUUCCGUCGUGUGCAGGUCAAGAAUGAACUUCAGCUCUUUACGCAAGCUGGGGAGAAGGCGGAUGCUCUCAUUAGCUAUCUUGAAAAGGAUGGGUACGCUCGAGACAAAGACUUCUCUCAUGAACGCGUUACGCUUGGUGCUUCAAGGAUGUGA